AUGGCUGCUGCGGGCAGCGGUUUCGAUGCGCGAAGCUUCGAAUGGAUGGCACAGCUGCCGACCUUGUGGGAGAGUGUUCGUGCUUUUCGCGAACGCAGCCUUCGUGGUAUGAACCUGCUUCGGGGGAUUACUUUGAAAGGGCACGGUUCCAGCCCAGUGGUCGUGGGUAAUAUGGAAUGCUGCAAGUUGAAUUCUGAUGUGCUAGCUUCAAUCCUCAAGGUCAUGGCCGAUGAGGCUUGCAUCUUUGUUCCGAAGGUGUACUUGUUACAGGGAGCCUGCUUGGAAUUCCACUGUCAUGCCGGCUAUCCAGAUGCCCUUUCCUUGGGUCAUGCUGCUUAUUCAGAUGGCUGGGGUUUGAAGCGUCAGCUGAAUUUCCUCAAGCGCAAGUGGAUGCGCAAACAGACGCCUCGAGACAGGGUCCUGCGCAAGCUCGUCGCCGAGUUUGAGCGGGCCUACAAGAAGUUGAAGCAGGUUGUUGGUGACCGCAUCGCGAGAGCUCUCAGAGCUCGAGGGGAUGAUGACGAUGAUGACGUGGAUCCCGAGCAAGAUGUGGACUCGGAUCGGCCCAGGGAUGCUGAAGAUCCGGAUUUCCACGAUAAUAAGGCUGAGGCUUCUACCACUGAAGAGAUUGAGCCAGGAACUAUCUCGAUUGGUGUAGAGUUGCCUGAAACGGCCCCGCCAAAUCCGAGGCCAGAGGAAGCAGCUCCUGUGAACCGUGACCCCCCGCAUCACGAGGAGGCAGCUCCUGUGAACCGUGACCCCCCGCAUCAGGAUGAGGCAGCUCCUUUGAGCCGUGACCCCCCGCAUCAGGAGGAGGCAGCUCCUGUGCCGCCCGAGGUGCCCAGCAGGCAGUGCUUGGAGGAGCAAUUGCGCAUCAUGGAGCUAAAGCUAGAGGCGAAGAUGGACAUCGAGCGCAAGCGUGCUGCCAAAGACUUUGCAAAGAAGCUUCCCAAAGGACCAAUCGUGCUGGAUUCCGAUGAGGAGGCUGAGGUUCCUGCUAUAUCGGUGCCUAGCAAGACUGGUGCCGAUGAGGGUUCUAUGAGAUCAGGAGCAGUGGAUCAGAUGGAGACCCAGGCAUUCGACUUGUCGACUCAGGUCGUAAUGAAUGCUCUGUCAGGGCUGGAUCAGCCGGUUCCAUCCCCGGCACGGACGUUUGCGGAGGAGAAGACACGGGAGCUUGGAGAUGUUAGGUCGCCCGAGGCAGCUGCAUCAGCACAUGUUUGUGAGGAAACCCCGAGCCCCAGAGGGAUCAAGCCUGUUGAGAUCACACCUGUGAAAACCUAUCCGUCACGUGAUUCGCAGCUCAUGGUGAAAAGCACAAAAGCAACCGAGAAGGCGGAAGCCAAGGAAGCUAAGGCUGGCAAAGCUGCCGGCCGAGGCCGAGGCAGGGGUGGCCGGGGAAAAGGAGGAGGACGGAAGAAGCCCCAACAGGCAGAGGAGGAUCAGGAGGAUCCCGAGGAGGCUCCCGAAGAGCCUGCAACGACAGGCCGUGGUGCGCGAAAUCGUGGCCGAGGCAAGGGCCGGGGACGAGGUCGCGGGAAGAAGGUGCACCAGGCGGAGCAUACGAGCGAGCAUGCGGGCGAGCAUCAGGGCGAGGAUCAGGGCGAGGAUCAGGGCGAGGAUGCCGGCGAGCCCGAAGAGGCUGCUGAUGUUGCGCCCCCGAAAAAGCGCCGAUGCAAGAAGGUCGUGGAUGUGCCUACCACCAGGGUGACGGGCAAGCGGGGGUCAGAGGGCAGUGCCAAGCCCAAGAAGGCUGCGAAGAGGGCUUCGAAUACUGAGGAUGCUGAGUGGCCUCUCACGUUCGCUCGUCGCUACCGACCCAAUUCCGAGAAUUGGACCCAGCGGCUUUGGGAAGGAUGUGUGUUGGCUUUCAAGUCUGUGCUCCUUCCGCACAUUGUUGUGGGGCAAGCCUCGGCUCUUCAGGUAUUCGUCCUUUGCAUCCUGUUGCUGCUUUGGAACACCUCCAUCGACUAUGCCAAGGAGGUGGACUUAGCCGAGCUGUUCUCUGGUUCGGCGACUCUUUCCAAAGAGUUCUACUAUCAAGGCAAGGAGGUCGCAAGCUGUGAUGUGAAGUAUGGCCGGAACAUGGACAUUUGCCGAUCUUCAGGCUUCGGGUUACUUGAUAUUCAAUUGGACAUGGUCUCAUGUAGUUCGGUUCUAAUGGUUGCUUUUUUACAAGAUGUCGGAACCGAGGACGUUUUGUGCAGCAGUUCUGUGUGGUCGCCAGAAUUCUUGUGUCUGGCUGGGAGUCCUUUGCAGCUCAUGGGUGUCAAUGGCCCGCCCAACAACCAAGAGAUCCUUUGCCAAUCCUGA